CGUCUAUCCUGCUCUCGUCCCUCUCUUUCUCUCUCGUCCCUCUCUCUCUCUCUCUCUCUCUCUUAUUUAUUUAAAAGGAUGGGUUAUACGCUGUGGAUUGUAUUCAUGCUUGGAUGUCUCAUGUUUCUUGUGUCCGCCGGACCUGGUACACAUCGGUAUAACACUGACGCACAUUCAAAUUACGGCAACGAGAAGAAAAACAAGCAACAUAUUCAGGAACAUAUCAAAGCCAUGGUCAAAAAUGAUACCGAGGAUGCACCAGAACCCAGUGAACAGGACAUGAUUUAUUACCUCUUUGUUAUUCAUGAUACGAACGGGGAUGGCUAUUUGGAUGGUCAUGAAUUGAGAGCUGCCUUUACUGAUUUUGAUCAUCAAGAAGAAGGAGAGAAAGAGCAUGAUUUAAUUCCGUUGGAUGAAGUGAAUGCGAUGGUAGACCAUGUCCUAGAAGAAGAUGACAAGAAUGGCGACGGUCUCAUCUCUUGGAGUGAGUAUUUGGAAAGCCAAUUAUAUCAUGACGACGACAAAGGUUUAGAAUAAAAAGUUUGCACAGAUCAUUUGUGUCAAGUGACACAACAUUUAAGCUCCUCUUUUUUUUUACCGUUUCCACGGCAACCCGCGCACUGAAAAAAAAAAAAAAAAAAAUCCUUUUUUUUUUUUCUUUUUUUGUUCUUUUUUU